AGAAAAGCUGUUAAUUGCGUGAAACCUAUGGCCGCCAAGAAUCUACAUUUGAAAUCGUGGUUUGAGGUUUUGGCGCUUAUAUCUCUCUGCUUCCCUUGCCUUAUAUUCGCCAGCAGUAAGUACCGUAUACACAAUGAAGUCUGCUGAAAAGGUGCUUAAUCACUUUGUGAAUACUAAAAACCUUUUUCUCGUCUAGCUCCAUGCGAUUGCUCUGUUUGUGGGUCGUCUUGUAGCGGCAAUAUCAACUGCAAUCCCGGACAAUUUCUCGUAGUAAAUGGGAGCGAGUUUGGAUGUUUCGAUUGUCCUACUGGCCAUUAGUAAGUACUAUAUUCGCCACGAUUUCCUCGUUUUUAUAUCUUGAGAGUAGAGUACUUAGAUCUUGUAUUGUUUAAGAGUACCCUUUAAGUCUGAUAAUGGCCUCUCUGGAGCUUACGAUACAGGCAAGAGAGUGCAUUAUCCAACGACAUACAACACGGUGGUUAUAUUUAUGGCAUUGUGUAUUGCAUAAGGUUAAAAUAAGUAGAACUUUUCAAGAUAUUUGUUUUACAGAAACAAAAUGAUAUUCUUCUCUUUUAAUCAUCGAGUUUUGGGAAAAAAAAAUAAUAACCCAGUAAAAAUCUUAGAAUUUGAAACUGGAUGGAUGUUUAUUAGGAAAAUGUGAUCUCUUGGUUUUCAGUAGAGGUCCUCUUAUGGGAGUUACGUAUGUCCUUAGUCUGAAUUCGAAACCUGUCGUCACGUAUAUUGAGGAGGAAGCUAUAUAUGUCACCAUUGGUAUUUUACUACUGUAAUUGUGCUUUUCUCUGUCACUGUCGCAGUUCAACCCAUCUUUGUGUUGUUUUUUGCCAUUUCUGCUGCUGUCCUGUGACGCUCUUUCAAGGCCUGGAUGUCACUUGUCGGAAUUUUAUCCUUCUAGGGUUUCAUAAUACAAUAUUGAAUGUAUAUUGUAGUGCUUGUGAACGGUAAAUAGUGGGUUUCGGUAAAUUUGUUUUGAUGAAAGUGGAUUCUAAAUUUCUCCAUAUAAAAUUGUUCCACUACACUGGUAUUGGCUAUGAUCACAUUCAUGUCAUAAACACUAAAGGACAUAGAAAAAAAACUGCAUUGUUGGCUGUUAUAAUGUACAGCUGGUCAUUGCUGUUGUUGCCAAAAUUCGUCAGUUUACAAUGUAUGCUGUCUUGUUGGGUUAAAUUCUGGUAAGAGGCAUGGUCGUGAAACACAGACACUCUAACAGAUAAGAUGGAAAAAAUGAGACCAAGGUGGAUUGAAACUGUGAUAGUGACAUAGACAAGUGCAAAUACAGGAAAAGAAUAAAGUCUUGUCAUGGACAUAACUUAUUCCUCAGUACAAUGAAACAAAGGGUUUUGAAAUUUAGACUAGGAACAAGGGUACCCCCACCCCACCCCAUAGAGAGGUCUCUGUUACAUGUAUGGUCUUGUGAAAGAGACAUCAUUUUUUGAAUUGUUGUGUGGUGGCCAUUAGUAACGUGAUUGAUAUUCUUUAUUAUACAGUUGUCCUGGAGGAAAGAAUAGCUCAAAAGCUUGUCCAGAA